AUGUUCCAGAACCCCAAUAUGUACGGCAAUCACAACUAUGAGCCGCACGGUGGCGCUGCCUGGAUGCACCAGCAGCAGUCCUCCCACCACUCGCAACACCAGGUUCAGCAGCAAGCCGCUGCCGCCGCUGCCGCUCAACAGCAGCACUAUAACCGCAUUGGUGCCCAGAAUAAUGCCGCCGCCGCCGGUUUGAACUCGGCAGUGCAGCUGCACGACGGACUCGAACCUCAUGUGUCAGAGGACAAUCGUAGGACGCUUGUCUACGUGGCCGACCUGUUGAAGGAGAGCACCCGUGAGGCCGCGCUUCUCGAACUUAGCAAGAAGCGGGAGCAGGUACCGGAGCUUGCCCUGAUUCUUUGGCACUCGUUUGGUGUCAUGACUUGCCUUACCCAGGAGAUCAUUUCCGUCUACACACUCCUGAACCCCUCCCAGCUCACCGCCGCUGCUUCCAACAGAGUCUGCAAUGCUUUGGCGCUGCUACAAUGUGUUGCAUCGCAUAAUGAGACGCGAACGCUAUUCUUGAAAGCUCACAUCCCACUGUACCUUUAUCCCUUUUUGAACACGACAUCAAAGUCGCGCCCUUUUGAAUACCUCCGGCUUACUUCGCUGGGUGUCAUCGGCGCACUAGUCAAGAACGAUUCGACCGAAGUCAUUAACUUUUUGCUGACCACCGAGAUCAUUCCCCUCUGUCUGAGAAUUAUGGAAACCGGCUCCGAACUCAGCAAGACCGUCGCCAUCUUCAUCGUCCAGAAGAUCUUGCUCGAUGACAGCGGUCUCAACUAUAUCUGCGCCACCUAUGAACGCUUCUAUGCAGUGGGAACUGUCCUGAGCAACAUGGUCGGCCAGCUCGUGGAACAGCAGACUGCGCGACUCCUGAAGCAUGUAGUUAGGUGUUUCUUGCGUCUCAGUGACAAUGCGCGUGCACGAGAAGCACUUCGUCAAUGUCUGCCUGAACCUCUCCGAGAUGCAACUUUCUCCUCCGUGCUGCGAGACGACGCCGCCACCAAGCGAUGCCUCACACAGCUACUGUACAAUUUGUCCGACGGGGCGUUGGGGGACUCCUCAAACAAUCAUCCCGGCCUAUGA